CAGUGAACUGUACAUUUUUUCAAGUAUGUUAACCGCUCAAAGAUUCUUUGAUACUCCAGAAAAUGACCAAAAAGUCGAUACACAUGGAAGUAAAGUAUUUUUUGCGCUUACAUCCACCCUCACUGCACCGAUUUGAAAAAAUAUCAUUCGACGCCUCAUUAAAAUCAUUUUAGCCGCUUUUGAGAUAACACAAAAACCCAACUAACACAACAGGUAACAUCAUGUUCACUUGCCGCUUUGGGAGGCGGGGGGUAGACAUCUUUUGGAAGCGGGAAUGACUACUCCGGGCGGUUCUGGGCUUUGCUGGUUUUGCGCGGUGCCAUUUCAAAAUGAACUGUGCAUGUCUGGAAUACAAAUAAAUAUAUAAUAAUAUUGAGAGCAUUCAGCCACCGUUAAAACGGUACAGCGCCAGCGGUGCGGCGCUGUUAAGCUGAAUAGCAGUAGCUAUGGAACAAAUUUGACACUUCACAGCUUAAUCAACAUACUAUCCUGAAGUCUUCAUGAUACUACCAAAUCUGACACCCAAGUGAAUACUGCCGUCAGACUGACAAAAUUAUUCCAUGGCUAACGCUAGUUCUAUUACAAUACCUCUAUCGUUAUGUGUAGGAAGUAGAGGUACUCGUAUCCUGCAUUGGUAACUGAUAUAUCAAUAUUACAGAUCAUUCCCAGAACACAUCAUCAAACUGCAUAGAGACAUUUGAGACAGCCGUUGCUGUCUUCCACCGAACUGGUAAUGGCUAUAAACAUAAGGAGAAUAUCACAAAUCAAGUGAUUAGAAAAUGUUGUCCUAGGAACUUCUGUUACGACUCCCAAAGACAUACUUGUACAAACUCCAGCUUGGGAAGGAAUACUUUGGUUUCAUUCUCUCCUAUUGGGCUCUUCCACUGUUUAGUCAUCAUGGACUAUAAAAUAUCUUCGACUUCGAACGCCUUCAAUGAGAUAAAUAGAACACAUAUGUUAGUAAAUGACCUUUCUAGAGUUGUGUCAAAGGAUAGUAUGUGCUUUGAUAAAGAGACAAGUGGCGAAUAUAUCAUAAGGAUUUGUGAAGAUUUGAAGAUUUGUGAAGCAAUGAGGUGUAUCCAUAAGUGUUGUCCAGAUGGACAUAGCUUCGUAAAUGGAUCCAAGUGUGAGAAAACCUGGAUUCACGGAAUUAAUCUAGAAUUGUUUUCUGGUGCAGUCGAAGAUUUUCAAGAUAACUUUGCAAUAAUCCACGGAUAUUCACCACUCUACCCAAUACAGCACUACAUGAAAUACCGAAUAAACUCUAGAGGAACAUUUUUCGUAUCAGAUAGAGAUGGUAACAAGACUUAUUUAGCAUCAGAAAGAAGCUACUGUUUUGAACAUGCCACAAAAGGUGGUAGAACACUUGGAUACGUAUUGUUCAGAUUUUUUCCAAAUAUAGAAGAUGUGCCACUAGACACCAAAUUUAUGGUCAAUAGGUGGGCAAUGGCUAUUUCUGUAGUUUUCCUACUGAUCACAAGUCUAUUCUACAUUUUCACGAAGGAAACGAGAAAAGUAUUUGGGAAAUGCUUAGUCAGCUUGUGUUUUUCCCUGUUGAUACUAUUUGUCAUGCUUGCAGCAUAUAUUCCAUUCAAAAAGAAUUUGUUGGAGAAGAGAUAUAGCCACGUCUGUAAAUCAGUGGGUUUCCUGAUAACGUAUCUGAGCUUUAGCUGCUUUAUAUGGUUUCAAGUAUUGUGCUUUGAUAUUUAUAGGACUUUUGGUUCUUCCUCGAAUCAAAUCGUAGUAGAUAAAAAGAAAAGGAACAUGAGGAGAUUCUUAUACUUUAGCCUUUACGGCUGGGGAGUACCACUUCUACUGACGUCACUGCCGGCCUUAUUUCACUAUAAAGAUGUUCUACCUGCCCCCAUUAGGGUAGAGGUGGCCGUAACUAAAUGCAUUAUUGAAAAAAGAGAUGGUAAUUAUGCAGAAAUUGUGUUUCGUAUCAUUCCGUUAACAAUAAUUCAGGUGGCAGAUAUCAUCUUAUUUGUAAAAACAAUUCGAUAUUGUCUGAAAGUUAGGAAAGAUAUCCAAAAAUUGAGCGAGAAUAACUCGAAAAAGAAGAGGUUUUCUGUUAAACAGGAAAGGCUUGUAUUGGUCAUAAAAUUGUCAGUAACAAUGGGGAUGUUGUUUCUGUUUGAGCUCAUAUCGUCUUUCGUCGACUUCAAAAUGAACCCAACAACAGCAAAUAUUGAAAUUAUUUGGGACGUAAUCAACUGUCUUCAAGGACUGUUCAUUUUCAUCAUAUUCGUAUGUAAAAAGAAGACAUUCGAAGGCUGUAAAAAGAGAAUUGAUAUUGACAGGUUGCGAAAAAUUUCGUUAACGUCUAAUACAAGAGUAACAAGUGUUCCAGCAUCAACAAGGCGAAUAAGAUAAGGGGACGUUGGAAGAAGCAUCAGUAUGUCUUCAGAAAAUGCAACCUUGUAAUCCAUUUGUAAAUUAAACGUUUUGCUUCCACUGACGUCGAUUAAAUUACCCAUUGAUAAAGCA